AUGGUCCAAUCGAUCCUGGUCGAUUUAGUCUGUGUUCAACAGCCUCGUGAGUCAGGGAUUCGAACACGCAACCCCAGCUCGACGGCGGAGCAACAGCAACAGUGCCCGGGCAAUGCAAUCGAUGCGGAUUGCUGGGCACCAUCGUUGUGGAUUAAAGCGGUCACACGUGAUGCUUCACGCUUGAAUGCUGCCUGGUUAGGUGAAGCCUCCUCAUCUCGUGCCGCAUGUCUCUAUCGUCAGAUGGAUGAGCUUGUUUCCACCGCUUCUUGGUACCAACGUGGCCAACCGGCUAACUGGAUUCGUCCGGUCGUUCACUGGCUACCCCAUACAGCCACGACCGCCGCGGCUAUCAACCGCGAAUUGCUAAACGCAUUAGCCCAACUCGGUGUGACUUUUGUCUCAGAUGAUAGACCGUGGUGUGCAUCCAAACAAUCGCUUCCUCCUCCUCCUCCCUCCCCGUGUGAACCAAUUGCUCACCAGAUCCCACUCCCUUUGCCCCUGAAAGCGCAUAUAGCUAACCAGUCUAUGGUUCAGCGCGCUUUACUUGUGGCUCGUUCACAUCCGACUGAUUUGGAAUCCCGUUGUGCGACUGUUUCCGAAUUGGAAACCGCCUUGCGUAAUGCAUUCUCUGGCGUGAAAGAUGCUAAUGAUAAUGAUCCCACCGGGAGUUAUCCGGACUCUAGUUCACAAUUUAUGGAAUCCUCUGUCCUCGAUGCCGCUUUUCAUCUCUCCAUCAGGCCUCCAUUCUCUAAAGAAGAUUUUAGCAGGUCAGUUAUUAGAUUCGGUCUUUUUUGUUGUUCUCUCCGCUACCGUNGAAUCUUUUUUUACUGCCCGGUUACGGUACUACUACUACUACUCGCAUUUGUGAGUAGUAUGUUUUAA